AGCAGCAGCAGCAAAAGCAGCAGCAGCAGAAGAAGCAGCAGUGACCGGCUCCUUGGACUUGGCCACGUUUUUAUGUACUUUUAAGUGCGCAAUUAAAGGUCAAUUGCCGGUUUGGUCCUAGGACGGCAGAGCACGUCGGAGACGGUGCAAGAGCUGCUGUAUCCCAUAAAAAGAAAAAAAAAACGGUGUCCGUGCGAAUUGCAGAGCACAAAAGAUACAACUCAAAAUUACAAGUGAAACAUUUCGAAUAUGAAGAAUCUGAUUGAAUACAAGGCCGGUCUGAUGGUACUCCGUGACCGUAUGGUUGAGCCGGAUAGUCGCAAGGGUCUGCUCUAUUUGCGUCGCAUCGGCCAGGAGAUGCACAUUUGCUGGAAGGAUCGCCAAACGGGCCAAGUCGAAAUGGACAUUGUGGCAGUGCCGGGUAUACCCAGAUUCCGGCGCGUCAUCCAGUGCAACACGGGUCGUGUAUUUGUGCUGAGAUUCGCGAACGACAAGCAGCGCCACUUCUUCUGGAUGCAGGAGGCGUAUCCCGAGCGCGACAAUGAUUUCUGUCAGCGUUUCAACGAGCUGAUUAAGGCCUCCAAAGAACCGGAGAUGCCAAAGAUCGGGGUUGCAGCCCCUGCCACUGCCACGGUCCCUGAGCGUCCUCGCGACGGUGGCGGUAGUGAUGUCCCUGCCACUCCUACCCCUACUCCUACCCCUGGCAGGGCAGGCGCUCUGGCGGCAAAUGCCUUUGGGUUCUUCCUGAAAAUGGGCCACAGUCUGAUUAGCUUGGCCAAGAAUGCGCUGGCACCCGAGUGUGCGAUGCCGCCGCCUUUUCAGGAUCCCAAUCCAAGACAGCCCAAGAGUCUGGCCCCCAUAAUUCGCCUCCAAAUGAGCGAUGCCGUUGAAUCGAUGAGCUAUACACCGACAAGCCUGCAGCGACUGAUCGAACGCCUGCCGAUGGACCCGGACCGCGAGCACAUCGAGCUGCAUGCCUCGAGUGUGCCCGACACAGUGACCGACACCCUAAAGAUGGGCCUGGUGGCCGAACAUGUGCGUUCGUCGCACUUCUACGAGGCCCUCAUGGUGUUUCAAUAUGCUUUUCAGCGGUGUCAGAUCGUUGGCAGCCUGCGAGAAUUUUCGCUUGGGCCGGAGGCCCUGGAGGCGGCACAAGAUGGCGACUUUGAGGGAUUCCUGUACAUCCUGAAUCGGCCAGGCGCAUUUAUAAAUUAACAGUAGUAUAUAUACCAUUUGAGAAGAAAAACUGCAGAUAAAGGCUGGUCAUAAAUAAGUCGGAGCCAAACCAAACCAAAAAAAAAUAAAAUUUAAAAUGUACAAAAUGCAAUAACUGCUUGACUCCACUUCGGUCUUUUCCUCUCGCUGGGCCUG